CUGGCAGGCGGUUUUCGGCUUCAUUAUCAAAUCGCGACUCACUGGAAGCAGACCUCGUCUCAUAGUCACAUAGGCUAGUUAUGUACCCGCAACUGGAGGUGGACCCUGAGCUGACAGAGCGGGCGACUAAGGUGCGCCUGUUGGCUGGGAACCGCGAUACAAAAGACGGUUCAAGUGCAGCCAUCGAUGACAAGGUGUCCAAGAAGGCACCGCCAGCACCCAGCAAAUGGAGGCGCGCUCUGUUGCGUCAUGUGCCCGUGCUUCAAUGGCUGCCCGCCUACAAUAUGGAAUGGGGCAUUGAUGAUUUUAUAGCUGGCAUCACGCUGGGUCUCACCAUCAUACCCGAGAGCAUUGCCUGCGCGUUGCUUGCGGGUCUGCCCGCUCGCUAUGGCCUGUGCUCGGCUUUCAUCGGGCCCCUCAUCUAUUUAAUAUUCGGCUCCAUCGAUAAGGUCAUCAUUGGACCCACCAGUCUAGUGGCACUGGUCAGCGUACAAUUCACCGUGGGACGGCCCAUCGAGUUUGCAUUUCUGCUCACCUUCUUGAGUGGCAUUGUCCAGAUCAUUAUGGGCUCCCUGCACAUGGGCUUCGUCUUUGAGUUUAUUUCGAUGCCAGUGAUCAAAGCCUUCUCCUCAGCCACAGCGAUACUCGUUAUUGAAUCCCAGAUCAAGGUACUGCUGGGCAUCAAGUACUUAGUGCCGGGCCUUAUCAGCUCGGUGAGCACCCUGAGUUCCCGCAUCAGUGAGGCCAACAUGGGCGAUCUGAUCAUGGGUUCGUGUGCUAUUAUUUUUCUGCUGCUGCUCGAGCUGCUUGAGCGUGUUGCACGCAGUGAGAAACGUAGCAAAGCUUUGCGCAUUUGCUGUCGCUAUUUAUCCACCUCGAGGAAUACGCUUAUUGUGCUCAUCGGUGGCAUUGUCUCCUACAUUUGGCUGGGCUACAGUGAGAAGUUGCCCUAUGCCCUCAGCCAGAAUGCGCUCUCCAGUUUACCAAACUUUACGGUGCCCAGCUUGACUAUUGUUACGCAGGAACGAAGCUACAGCUUCUGGCAGAUCCUCAGUGAACUCAGCGUGGGUAUCGUUGUCAUCCCCAUUGUGGGCAUACUCACAAAUAUAUCUAUAGGAAAACUGACGCCCAAGGGUCUGGUGGAUACGAAUCACGAGCUACUCACCGUUGGACUGUGCAACGUGUUCGGGUCCUGUGUGCAGGCCAUGCCCUCGUCGGGCGCCUUUACGCGCUAUGCGAUCAGCACAGCUUGUGGACUGAAGACGCCCAUGGCCAACUUAUAUCUGGGCAUCAUCGUGCUGCUGGCGUUGGGAUACCUGAGUCCGUACUUCAACUACAUACCGGAAGCGACGCUGGCGGCCAUUUUGAUUUGCUCGAUAUUUACGCUGUUGGACUUUAGGCUUCCGCUGCGCCUGUGGCGCGAGUCUAAGCGAGACCUCGGCAUCUGGUUGCUGUGCUUUUGUGUAUGCGUGCUCUUUGGCGUGGAGGUGGGUCUGCUUGUGAGCAUCGUUGUGACGGCGCUCCAUCUGCUGUUCCUGUGGGCACGGCCGGAGAUACUGGUGAAGAUAGAGGAACUGGAUGAGAUGCAGUAUAUUUCGGUAGUGCCCGGCAAUGGCAUCUACUUUCCGGCCAUCAAUCAUCUGAGGAGUCUUGUGCUGAAAGCCUGCACCCAAGCGGACUUCAAGAUCACGGUGGUCAUAGAUGGCCACAAGAUAACGGGACUGGACUACACCGCGGCACAGGGAAUAUCGAAGCUGUCAAGUGAUUUGUGCCGGCAAUCGGAUGCCUCCAGUUCGAUUCUCUUAGUUCUCUACAGAUUUCCAGCGCAUUUGCAGCAUCUAAUCGAUCUGACCGACAAUUUGGUCUUCUGCGAAAAUGAGGGCAAGGUCAAGGAGUUUCUCACACAGGAAUCCCUGCGCAAUGGCCACAUCAAUCUGAAAGACCACAUACGUGCCUCCAUAGAUCUGGGGUAUAAGGUUGAUAUCGAAUAGUUGAACAUGUUGAAUUAUAGCACUCGGUAUCUGGAUAUUAUUUAUUUAAAUGUGCUUUUCUUUUCGUUCUGGCUUAGUCCUGGAUUAAGCAUUUUAAUCCCAAAUAUAUUUGCUAUAAAUAUCUAAAA